AUGGCUUUGGCCAAUAUUCCAAUGCUUCUUUCCCUUUUGAUGGCUUUGUGUGGAGUCUGCUUUGGUACCAUUUACCAAGUGGGUGACUCUAACGGGUGGACAGACAAAGGUGUUGACUAUAAGACCUGGGCAUCUACCAAAAACUUCACCGUUGGAGACAUUCUUCAUUUUAAGUAUGACAGAAAGGAGAACAAUGUAGUGAGAGUGUUGCAUAAAGCAUUUAGGUCAUGCAACCCAAAGGGUAAAAUCUACAAGACGCGCACCGGCGACGAUUAUAUACGCUUGAAUAGACCUGGAAACUUCUUCUUCAUUUGUAGUGUCAAUGGACAUUGCCGCUCUGGCCAGAAGGUUCAUGUUAGCGUUUCUAAGUCAGUUCCAAGUGUCAGUCCUGGAACAGCCCCAACCCUACCACCGGUACCCAGUUCUAGUCCACUUCGGAGUCCAAUUGCCAGCCCAACAUCUCCCACAGCCACCCCGACUGGCGCCCCGAAAGGUGCACCCAUUGCCUCCCCAAAAGGUGCACCCAUUGCCUCCCCAAAAGGUGCACCCACUGCCGCCCCAAAAGGUGCACCCACUGCCGCCCCAACAACUCCCCCAACGGCUGAUGGACCACCAAGUGCAGACUCUCCUCCUGAUCUUCCUAUAGAACUGAUCCCAGCGCCUAAGGCACCUCCUCCUAACCCGCCCAAGAAGAGCAGUGCUCAAUCCAUUCACUCCUCUAUGCUGUUCUUGAUGGCAAUGGGGUUUAUUGCCUAUAUUGUGGUCUGA